AUGGGCCAAAAUACCUCCCGAGUCGAAGUCCAAGGCGAGGAGGCUUUGGGUGGGCUCAAGCAGCAGCCACCCGCACCCGAUCCCGCCCACCAAACCCCAUCCGCUCCCGAAGACAUAAGCGAGCGCACCCGGAGCUUCCUCAACCAGCCGCCCAGACGCAAGUCGCGACGGGCCUCCGAUGCCUUCCUCAAACUCUUCCAUCACUCGCGCAGAAAGUCGCAUGACGAAUCCAACACCCAAAGUGAAGCGUCCCACGAUAUCAAAAGCAAGGCCCAACAAGAUACCAUGGCACAAGCAUCCCACAUACCUCCUGCAUCGCAGCGGCCAAGCACCCUGAACUACCGCACCGAGGCAGAGAUUCUUGUAAGGAGCAGUGUGAGGCGGCAGAGCAUCAACAUCAGCUCAGUAACCUACAAAAUCUCCAACAACAGUGUCGCCUCGAGUGGCAGCGAUAUCAAAGCAAAAGACUCGGGCAACAGCUUGCUGAGCCAGGCAUCAUUCGUACCAUCGAACCCGUCAUCGAUGCCUCGUCCAAACACACACCGCAUCUCCUCCAGUAGUCCGUUCUCCAGCAUCACCCGCCGCCACCUUUCCGACGACUAUCCAGAACAGCUCUCCGGCAGUAUCAUGUCCACCGAUGGUAGUUUCAAAAACGUCGACGAUAUGCCCCAGCACAUCCGCAGUCUCCUCGGGGUCUCCGAGCAUCAAUCCUCGACCACGUCAAUCAUCCGAACAUCGCCGAUUCCUUCACCUCGAUUCAAUGCACAGUCCUCCCCGGCCGAUCCUCUGAACACCUUCUCGGCCUUUGGAGUCGUCAUCCCAAGCCCGACACCACAACAGCCUGCACGCUCGGAUCCCACCAUCCAGAUCACUCUCUCGACCGAUUUGAGCAGUCCACAGGACAAGUCACCGCCUCCGAACUCGCUGCAGAACGUUGGGGUCUCCCGAACAUCAACCCGGAGCUCAGGCAAGGGGAAGCAGGAAAUCGCCAUCGCCACGGAGCUGCCCGAGUUUGAGCGCCAACUGAAAUCGGGGAUGAAGAUGGCCAUCUUUUCCAAGGGCGAGUUCAUCAUCCGGAAGCGGGAAAUUGGCCGCGAAAUGUACUUUCUGCUGCGUGGCAAGGUCGAAGUUCUGUCGACGGACGCAACGACGCAGUACAGCCAGAUUAAUCAGGGCUCGUUCUUUGGUGAACUCGGCGUGCUGUUUGACAUUCCACGAACAGCCUCCAUUCGAGCACUGGAGCCAUGUCAGUGCCUCGUGCUGACUCGGAACAACCUGGAGACGUCCCUGAAAGCGUUCCCGGCGAUUGCUUCUCGAUUCAAGAAGGUUGUCGAGCAGCGAAUGACCGAGGUCAACUCCAAGCGCUCAAAGCGAGCACCUGUUUCCGACGUUCCGACGAUGGAGUUUGUGGAGGAGGAAGUGGAAGAUGAGUCCAAGGCUGAGCUUGAGAGCAAUUUAUGAGCCUCGUUCAAUGUAAAACCGCCCCGCCUUUGUUGGCUCGGCACGAUUACGGCUGCUUCCCUGGAAGAAAAAGUCGCCCCUCGAGCCAUCACAGCGCAUACCAAACGUGCCGGUCCCACGAAGAUAUGGACAUCCGCCGAUCCCCCUUGAUCAGGCUCUACACAAUUAACGUGCCCUUGGCCAGAUCUGCGAUGCCAGUCCAAGGUCGAGGGCGAACGACGGCGUGUCCCUCGCUCUCUCAUGGAGUAGCAUCGCGCACCAGGUCGCUGCAUCGUAUGGCAACGAUGAUAAUCUCAAGAUUGUACCUGGAGCAGCCAGCUUUCGCUGUGCGAAAUGUAUCGAUGGCCGUGGCCAAUCAAUUCACUCGAAUACAUAUUGUCUGAUUCGGC